GGUUCCUGGCUCUCCACGCGCACUGCUUUAAUCAGACCGGUGCAGCCUCGAGCUGGAGUGGCCAGCUGGGCCUGGAGCAAUGCGAGUGGGCCCCGGGGAGCGGCGGUGGCGGCGGCGCGGCGGCCGAAAACAUAGAGACCCCCAAAAGGGAAGCAGAGGAGAGAAAGUCCCACACCCAGACCCCGCGAGAAGAGAUGACCAUGACCACCAUGCCAGAAAGUCUCAACAGCCCCGUGUCGGGCAAGGCGGUGUUUAUGGAGUUUGGGCCGCCCAACCAGCAAAUGUCUCCUUCUCCCAUGUCCCACGGGCACUACUCCAUGCACUGUUUACACUCGGCGGGCCAUUCGCAGCCCGACGGCGCCUACAGCUCAGCCUCGUCCUUCUCCCGACCGCUGGGCUACCCCUACGUCAACUCGGUCAGCAGCCACGCAUCCAGCCCCUACAUCAGUUCGGUGCAGUCCUACCCGGGCAGCGCCAGCCUCGCCCAGAGCCGCCUGGAGGACCCAGGGGCGGACUCGGAGAAGAGCACCGUGGUAGAAGGCGGUGAAGUGCGCUUCAAUGGCAAGGGGAAGAAGAUCCGCAAGCCCAGGACCAUUUACUCCAGUUUGCAGUUGCAGGCUUUGAACCGGAGGUUCCAGCAAACUCAGUACCUAGCCCUGCCCGAGAGGGCGGAGCUCGCGGCCUCCUUGGGACUCACGCAGACGCAGGUCAAGAUCUGGUUCCAAAACAAGCGCUCCAAGUUCAAGAAGCUGAUGAAGCAGGGCGGGGCCGCUCUGGAGGGCAGCGCGCUGGCCAACGGCCGGGCCCUGUCCGCGGGCUCCCCACCCGUGCCGCCGGGCUGGAACCCUAACUCCUCGUCCGGGAAGGGCUCGGGCGGAAACGCGGGCUCCUAUAUUCCCAGCUACACGUCGUGGUACCCUUCGGCGCAUCAAGAAGCUAUGCAGCAACCCCAACUGAUGUGA